GCGGCAUCCACCUCAAGAACCUCGACAGGGGCGGGCGCAACCCUGUGGCACGACCCAAACCGAACUGUGGCACAAACGCGACUGCCAAGCCUUGCCUGAGCCGGCCGAGCCGCCCGCAGCUGGAGCUUCGAUGCAGAAGGACGCUGCGGGCGCAGAAAGAGCCUCCCUCGUCUCUGCGUCGGAGACCUCGAGCGAGCAGGCCGUCAGCAAGAGCACAAAGACGGCUCUCCUGCUCAAAUGGGGCAGUCUCGCCGUGCUGAUGGUGCAAAACAGCUCCGCGUUUGUGGUGACGCGGUAUACGCGGCAGGGUAAGCCCAACGAGCUGUACCUGACCUCGGUGGUCGUGCUCAUGGUCGAGCUGAUCAAGAUGGCCAUCUGCCUCCUCCUGCUGCUUCGGGACGCUCGGGGCAGCGUGCGCGAGCUGUGCGCGGAGCUGCAGCACCACUUGUGGGUGGAGCGGCGAACCACCUUGCUGCUCGGCGUGCCGGCUCUCUGCUACGCGAUGCAGAACAACCUGGUUUUCGUGGCCAUCAGCAACCUGUCGGCAGCCGCGGCUCAGGUGCUCUACCAGCUCAAGACCAUCUCCACCGCCUUCUUCACCGUCUUGCUCCUGCGGCGGAGCUUCCGCGCCGCGCAGUGGGUCUCCUUUUUGCUACUGAUGGCCGGAGUUGCGCUGGUGCAGUCGGAGGACGGAAAGUCGUCGAGCGCUCCCACCGGCGCCGCCCCUUGGCUCGGUGUCAGCGCCGCGCUCGCAGCUGCCUCCAUCUCGGGCUUCGCCGGUGUCUUUCUCGAGAAGAUGUUCACUUCGGGGGGCACUUCGCUCUGGAUGCGCAACGUGCAGCUCGGCCUAUUCGCGAUCCCGCUGCAGUGUAUCGCCAUCGCCCAAGUCGACGGCCAGAGGGUGAUGAGGCGCGGUCUCGUGCAAGGCUUCCAUACCUCGACAUGGGUCGUUGUUGCGGUGCAAGUCGUCGGCGCGCUGUGCACCGCCGUGGUGAUCAAGUUUGCCGGAAACGUCCUCAAGACGUUUGCGACGGUGCUCGCUCUUCUGCUCACUUGUGGCUCGUCGAUGGUCCUCUUUGACUUUCAUCCGACCCAGCUCUUCUUUGAGGGGAUUGGGCUCGUUUGCGUAUCUGUCUGGCUAUACGCGCGGCCGGGCGACGUCUCCGACGUCCUCGGCUUGUGCAGGCGGAAAGAGAGCUCACCCAGGUCGGCACCGUUGCGCCAUAUCCCCGACGACGUGUCGGAGGAGGAGCUUCCGCCCAAGGACGGUCAAAUAGUCGUCUAAGAUUGGCCUCGGUUGGUUGCACUCUCUGGCAGCGUGACUCUUUGACUCGGAGACAACAUCGAGGAGGACUCUCGCGCCUGAGCACCGCUUGUGACGUUUGUGGCGCUUGCACUAGCUUGCUAGGGGCCGGCCAAGGGUCCUCCACGAGACGAGCUUGUGCGCCAUAAAAUGCUCUUAUUCUGG